AUGUUCGAUUUAGCAAGCUUUGAGAUUAAAAUUUACUUUUUAUGCAGCGGUGUUUUGAGUCUCAAAAUGCUUUUCAUGGCUUCGUUGAUAGGCAGGCUGAGGCUCAAGAAAGAGAUUUUUAUAAGCCCAGAGGAUACUAUUAGGAGAGGAAAGGUGUCAUACCAGGACCCUGACAUAGAGAGGGCCAGGAGAGCCCACUUGAAUGAUCUAGAAAACAUCCCUAUCUUCCUAUCGACGGGUGCGAUGUAUUUAUUGACGAAGCCUCAUCCUCUCCUAGCAUCUACAUUUUUUCUGUUGUUUACCCUGGCCAGAUUAUAUCAUACAUUCGUCUACGCCAUUAGGAUUAGUCCUCAACCUGCCAGGAUGAUAGCUUUCAGAAUUGGAUACAUCAUCAAUAUUUGUAUUAUUAUUCUCACUGUUUUAAAAGUAGUUUUGUAUUAA